AGCGAAUCCAACACACCGAGAAACAAUGGUCGCCAAGACUGCCACGCUCGCUCUCGCUCUCUUCGGCGGCGCCGAGGCGCUCACCAUCGGCGCGGCGCCGAUGCGCUCGAUCUCGCGCUCGUGCAACAUCGAGAUGGCCAAGAAGUCGGUGGGCGACCUGUCCGAGGCUGACCUGAAGGGCAAGAAGGUGCUCGUCCGCUGCGAUCUCAACGUCCCGCUCGACGGCAAGACCAUCACCGACGACACCCGCAUCCGCGCGUCGGUGCCGACCGUCAAGUACCUCGUCGAGAAGGGCGCAAAGGUGCUGCUCUCGUCGCACCUGGGCCGGCCCAAGUCGGGCCCGGAGGACAAGUUCUCGCUCGGCCCCGUCGCGCCGCGCCUCUCUGAGCUGCUCGGCAAGGACGUCGUCAUGGCCCCCGACUGCAUCGGCGACGGCGUCAAGGAGUGCGUCGACAAGAUGGGCGACGGCGACGUCCUCCUGCUCGAGAACACACGCUUCUACAAGGAGGAGGAGAAGAAUGUGCCCGAGUUCGCCGAGAAGCUCGCCGCCAACGCCGACCUGUUUGUCAACGACGCGUUUGGCACGGCGCACCGCGCGCACGGCUCGACGGAGGGCGUGACGAAGUACCUCUCGCCCUCGGUGGCCGGCUUCCUGCUGCAGAAGGAGCUCGACUACCUGGACGGCGCCGUCUCGGAGCCAAAGCGGCCCUUCGCCGCCAUCGUCGGUGGCUCAAAGGUGUCGUCAAAGAUUGGCGUCAUCGAGUCGCUGAUGGAGAAGGUUGACAAGAUCGUCAUCGGCGGCGGCAUGGUCUUCACCUUCCUCAAGGCGCGG